AUGGACGUCAGCCUCCUGGAGAAGGCCCUCCUGGGCCUCUUCGUGGCGGCAAUGCUCGCCAUUGCCGUCGCAAAGCUGACCGGCAAGCGCUUCCGGCUGCCCCCGGGGCCCUCCGGCGCCCCCAUCGUGGGCAACUGGCUCCAGGUGGGCGAUGACCUCAACCACCGCAACCUCAUGGGCAUGGCCAAGCGUUUCGGCGAGGUGUUCCUGCUCCGGAUGGGCGUCCGCAACCUGGUGGUCGUCUCCAGCCCCGAGCUCGCCAAGGAGGUCCUCCACACCCAGGGAGUCGAGUUUGGCUCCCGCACCCGCAACGUCGUAUUCGACAUCUUCACCGGCAAAGGCCAGGACAUGGUGUUCACCGUGUAUGGCGACCACUGGCGCAAGAUGCGCCGGAUCAUGACGGUGCCCUUCUUCACCAACAAGGUGGUGGCGCAGAACCGCGUCGGGUGGGAGGAGGAGGCCCGGCUGGUGGUGGAGGACCUCAAGGCCGACCCGGCGUCGGCGACGGGGGUGGUGAUCCGCCGCAGGCUACAGCUCAUGAUGUACAACGACAUGUUCCGCAUCAUGUUCGACCGCCGGUUCGAGAGCCUCGCCGACCCGCUCUUCAACAAGCUUAGGGCGCUCAACGCGGAGCGGAGCAUGCUCUCCCAGAGCUUCGACUACAACUACGGCGACUUCAUCCCCAUCCUCCGCCCCUUCCUCCGCGGCUACCUCAACCGCUGCACCAACCUCAAGUCCAAGAGGAUGAAAGUCUUCGAGGACCACUUCGUCCAAGAGCGCAAGAACGGAGGGAGUAUGAAGGCGUUGGAGAAGAACGGUGAGAUCAGAUGCGCCAUGGACCACAUCCUCGAGGCCGAAAGGAAGGGCGAGAUCAACCACGACAAUGUCCUAUACAUCGUCGAGAACAUCAACGUCGCUGCAAUCGAGACGACCCUGUGGUCGAUCGAGUGGGGAGUUGCGGAGCUGGUGAACCACCCGGACAUCCAAUCAAAGCUCCGCCAGGAGAUCGCCGCCGUGCUAGGCCCCGAUGCAGCGGUGACGGAGCCGGACCUGGAGCGGCUCCCCUACCUGCAAGCCGUCGUCAAGGAGACUCUCCGCCUCCGCAUGGCCAUCCCGCUCCUCGUGCCACACAUGAACCUCAAGGACGCCAAGCUCGCCGGCUACGACAUCCCCGCCGAGUCCAAGAUCCUCGUCAACGCCUGGUUCCUCGCCAACGACCCCAAGCGCUGGGUGCGCGCCGACGAGUUCCGGCCGGAGCGGUUCCUCGAGGAGGAGAGGGCCGUCGAGGCCAACGGUAACGACUUCCGGUUCGUGCCCUUCGGCGUCGGCCGGAGGAGCUGCCCGGGGAUCAUCCUCGCGCUGCCCAUCAUCGGCAUCACGCUCGGCCGCCUGGUGCAGAACUUCCAGCUGCUGCCACCGCUGGGGCAGGAGAAGAUUGAUACCACGGAGAAGCCCGGACAGUUCAGCAACCAGAUCCGCAACCACGCCACCGUCGUCUGCAAGCCACUCAAGGCUUAG